AUGGCUUCGCCCCCAAAUGGCGUCUAUUUCCCUUCCCUGGACGAGUGCCUGAAGGGCAACAAGUUGGUCUUCUUCGUGACAGACCUGGUCCGGUCUCCCGCCAAUGCAUUUGCCAAGCCUACUCCUCAGUCCAAAUCCGAGUUCGAGACCAAGACCGCCGCCAUACAUGUCACUCCGACACCUAAUGAGAAGUAUGACAUCAAGGCCAUCAAGGAGGACUCGUUGUGGUUGAGCAGCAGCUUCGGCAUCAACGAGGUCGCAGCUUUGCGCAUCGUCGUCAUCGAGUUCCAGAGCAGGCCGCAGAGUCACCUAGCCGGGCCAUUUUCCACUCAGGACAUAAUAAAUCUCCACCAGGCCGUUGGGGCCGAUGGAAAGCAAGCAAACACACUCCUGGCCUUCGUCAACGCGGCCGACACGGCCGAUGCUGACGCUAUAUGGGUCGACUUCAACACCCAGGCAGGCAGACGCCGCCGUCUUGUUGAUCUGUGCCUGUCGGAGCGGCGCUAUUUCAUGGCUUUUGUCAAUGGGAUUCUCACCCUGACCUUGAACGAGACAUCCCCGGACACGGAUGCAGCGAAGGCAGAACUAUCUGCGCAGGUGCUCAUGGCCGUCUUCGGCCAAAAGCAACCAGGGGAUGUGAGGAGCGACACACGCUCGCUUGAGAAGCUUGUUUCCACAUAUCUUGAACUGGCCCCCGAGUGCCUCGCAGAUCCGGACGCUCAUUCGCCGGCCGCAUUCAAGGAUGUGAAUAUUCUAUCCGAAGAGCUGGAGCUUAUCUGGACAAGGGCGUCUCUUACAGAGACAUUGCAUCUCCUGGCAUCGAUGUUCCGGAUCAUCGACCUCUCGCCGACCUUCCUUUCCGCCGAUAUUGUUUCCAAUUGGUUCAGAUUCGUCGACGCAUACGGCUUUCUCGACCAGCUGCAAGGGUCCGACGAGCUGACAGCUGAAGUGAUACAGCCUAUAAAGCACCUGGUAUGCAUCAUCUCUAUGAGGAUCCUCAAUCUGGCUAGAGCUGUAAUGUUCCUUGAUGGUGAGAUAUCGCUCCAGGCCAAUGAAGAUUCUUACUUUACUUCUGGCUCCACCUUGAAGGAAAUUCACGAAUCGGUCGUCAACGCGGCCAACGCAGGCCUGCUCACUUCCGGGCCCGUGAUCUUUUCCUGGGCCCUUAUCCUCCAGCGAAUGCUACGCUCGCACCAUGAGCGGCUUGAACUGAGAGAUCUGCAACAAAAUCGGCAGGCCCAGGAGGGAUUUGAACGUGAACUGGAGCAUGUCGAGGAACGUCCAGGAGUGGGCAGGCGCUCGUCUGCUGGAAGCGUAGUGUCCAUGGAGACACAGUCCUAUGACCGGUUUCUGGAAAUUUCCUUCACCUCAAACUCGCUGCAAUGGGACUUGCAGGAGGUUGAGAAUAUGGCUGGGGCUGUGACUGCCGGCGGUCAGCUGUACGACUUUAUGACCGACAUAGCUCUUAGCAUGGGCUGGGCUCAGAAUGCUGCCCUUCAUCCGUCUCUGGGUUCAAGAGUGCGCCUUGUUCUUCUCGACUUUCUGAAGAUCAGCUUUCCAGUGACUGGCUACAUUUCUGAGCCUGUCACCACGUUACUUGCUGUACUCUCAGCCGGCCAGGGAUACUGGGACAUCCAGAGCAGGAAGUCUUUACCACUCAGUGAAGACGUCGUUGCCGUGGCACUUGACGAUCCGCUCAUACUUCAGUUCUACGUUCUCCAAGCCUUGCAAAGAUACCCAUACGAAUUUCUCCCCUUCACCAGCCUUUGCAAGAUUUUGUCGACAUGCCUGGCUGAAGACGAUCGCUCGGGUCUCAUUCUGAAAUCUCUUCUGAAGACUCCGACUCUGACGAUGCCCCUGCCCGAUCCGUACUGGCAGUUCACGGCAGAUGAGGAGGAACUGGGCAAGCUGGAGCUUACUCAAGAAUUCCCACUGUUCGCUGUAACGCCCAAUCGCAAGCGCCUCGUUGGAGAAGAGGAGCCUUUUUGCAUUCCUGCCGGGACAUACGGAAACCUUGCUUCCGACACCGGCCACAUUGCGCAGGUCCAGUUCGAGCAUUCUACCAUUGCUUUGCUGGGCAAGCGACUGGAAGCCAAUCUGGCCCCUGAUUCAUACGAGCUGGCACUUGGCCCGCUUCAAGCUGAUGAGCUCGCGGAGACGGUGUCUCUCCUGGCAACGGCGAUCCGCUGCGAGAAUUUAAAGGCGUCUGCAAGGAGCAAGUCGUCGGUUGCGGACGGCGAAGCAGGGCUGGCCAUACUACAAGAAGCCAGUCGGGCGCUGCCGCGUACGAAAGAUAUCGUCAGUGUCAUCUGUGACACCCUUGACUCUUAUGUUGACGGCGAAUUGGCGAACCUCGAGGCUUCUCACAUACGCAUCAUGACAACUUGCCUGCAGUUCUUGGACUCCACAUUAUCGAUCUGCCCAGGCCGUGUGUGGUCAUACAUGAACCGCUGUGACCUUUUGAUCAGCGAUUCAAGGGCGGGAAGGCUGUCAAGAAUCACUGGAACGCUUGAUCUUGUGGAUGAGAGAUUCGAGCUCCUAUCAACGGUGGUUAAGUUCUUUUCGAACCUGGUUGAAAAUGGAAUGAAGGGAACCGUUCAAAAGACAGUUGGCAGUAAGGCCAGCGGGCGCUCAGCCGACAAAGAGAACCCCUGGCUAGGUACCUCUGACAAAAACAUGACCCAGGUCUACCUGUCAAUUGCUCAUACUGCUAUCGACAUACUCGAGAACUCACUGACAUGGCGUUUCUCAUCGGAAAUCCAGAGGUCCAUCCUCAUCGGAGAUUUGAUUCCAGUGAUGGACAGCAUUGUCAUAUAUUCGCUUGGCGUUGGCGCCCCGAAUAAGUCCAGCGCCCUAGCGACAUUUUUGGAACCUGCCGCACGGCAUAUUGUCGAGGGGUUCCUGUCCUCUACUUCGUCGUCGCUUAGGUUUCAGCCGCUUCUUUCCUCAAUGCUCGUCGCGCUUGGGAUGCCAGAAUCGUCACUAUACCCCAGACGGGCGAAAAUCGUGUCGAAACGUCAAAUAGUCGUUCUGGACUUUGCGACGACACUUGUUAGGGUUGCAAACCUUCUCGAAAAGCCGUCAGUUGCUAUUGAGAACCAAAUCCUGAAGUGUUCGUCACUGCUGGCUCGCCUGUGUGCUACGGAUACAUCCUACAAGAAUUCAGUGCUGUCCCUGCUCGGUGCGGUGGCUGAGAGACUUGGUCGCGAAGACACGGAAGCACCAUCUCUGCUUGGAUAUUUGGGCUCCCACAUAUCACGUUCCUUCUUGCAGGCGAUUUCACAGUUGGACAAGCCUUUCGAGAGACCGUCGGUGUCGGGGAAGACCUGGAAAUUCUUCUCUACAAUCAUGCGCAAUGGACAACACUGGAUGGCCAAUUGCCUUUUGACAGGCAAAACCCCGCGUGAAGCAUUGGGCGGCGAGGGUAAACUGUCCAAGCUGGCACCGGACUCCAUCCUCAUAACCGCUUUGACACGCUUGCGAUCCAUUCGCACGUUGCCUACCUCGGAGACACUAGCAAUCUUAGAUCUCCUAACGUCAGCCCAUAACUUCUGGCAGUGGACUGUAUUUGCGUCUCAAGAGGAUAACAGCUGCUUGGCCGAGCUACGAGCUUACGUCCGUCAGCUCAAAUCGGCAUCUGUGACGGCGAAGACCAACCCCAGGCAGGCGUGUGAUGAAGCUCGUAUCGCGGCCUACAUCGCAGAGGCGCUCGCAAUGCAUCUCUAUCACUUGCGGAAAACAGGGCGGGAGGAGGAAUUUGCUCAAGCGCUCGUCAAUGACGUCGACUACUACCUGCGCGAGGGUGUAACGGUGUCCGGCUACAAUAGCUCCCUGCACGCCAACUUCUUCAAGAACUUCUCGAAGCAAUACCCAGGCUUCUCAUUGGAGAGCUUCCAACGGACACCAUUGACACCGAGAGAACUUGGUGACGAAUAUUACUAUGCUCUCGGCCUCGCAGACAAGAUGCUGAAGUUUGACCCAGGGUGGGCCGGACCACGAGAGAGAAACGGCUUCCGGCACGAGAUGGCGGCUGCCAAUCUUAACCUCUCUCUCGUGGACGCGCAGAUAAUGAUGCAAGUCACGGAGCAGUGCCUAGUCUCCAACCAGGGCAACCAAGGGCCAGAACGCAUCUUCCAGAGGAUCACCCAAUCCCGUGCGAAUCUGGCCAUGGUACUCGUGCAGCGUCUGACCGAUGCUUCCCUUGAAGCAAAAGAUAUUGCUGAAUUACUGGAGACCAUUUGGACGACUCUCAAUAGCAUCGACAACCCCUUCACCCCAGAUCAGAUUCAGUACUGGAGGACGAUGUUGAGGAUGCUCUACGUGGUGCUGAGAGGUUAUCGGACGUCACCCGCCGCUGAAGGAAUAGAACUCGACGCUGGCGCGACCGGCAAAACCAAGCGAGCCCAAGAGAUCAGUGGUGACGAUGAUAAGAUCGUUGCGGUCUUGCAGUGUGUGCUGAAUAUUCUUCACCGCGUCGUGGCUCAAGGCUUCCGGGCGCUAGUGGCUCUUAUCCACGACCCGGUCGUUACGGUCCUACCUGAAGAUCUGGCCCUCUUGACUGCCAUCCUGCAGGCUUGUCUGUGCUUGCCAGGCAUUGACCAAGUCUCCGGCCAGGUUCUCAACAUCAUGGUUUCCGAGGAUGUUGGGCAGGCUGCGACAUCCCUCCUCUCGUGGGCGGACAAAUUAGCGGUGAAGGGUGACCCUGUCUUUGGCGAGCUCAGCAUCUUGUUCCUCGUCCAAUUAUCCAACGUUCCUGUCAUCGCCGAACAGCUCGCAUCCGACGGUCUUCUCGGCCAGCUGACGUCGGCCAACAUCGCGACUCACAUCCAACGACCGAAUGUCUCCCCAUUCGCAGAUAAUAUCGGGGCUCUACGAUGCUACGACAUCUGGGCAAAGGGGAUCCUGCCGUUGCUGCUUAAUGUGCUGUCAGCGCCGGGUCUGGGCCCCAAUGUGGCCACAGAGGUUGCCUGUGUGCUCAAUCAGUUUCCCAAUCUCUUGCAGAGCAGCGUCGAUCGCAUAGAAGCUCCAGGGAUGAGCAGGACUACGACCCGUGGGAACUCUCAUCACGUUACCUUGCUCGGCGUAUCGGAGGUCAACUCUCUUGCCCUUCUGACACGGGUGUUGGGCAGAUACAGGUCGGCAUUCAACCGCGAGAUCCCGGAGGUGUUGUGGGACUCGGCCACUGUGCUCGAGAAUGUCGACUACUGGCUGACGAGCCGGAAGAUCCUGCGAGAGCGGCUACUGCCCCUGGGUCAGCGCGAGGCUGACUGGAGGACGAUGAAGACGGGGGUCGAGGACGUCAGUGUGCUGGAGCAGAAGGUGGUGUCCCUGCUGGAAACUGUAAAGGAGGUGCUCGGUGAGGACACGGAGUAG